AUGGAGUUUAAGCCAUCAGGAAACUACACUGCAGUGAUCAACUUCCUUAUUCUAGGAUUAACAGAUGAUCCCAUUCUUUGUAUCAUUCUCUUUAUGCUAUUUAUGGGGAUAUAUUUGUUCACCGUAGUGGGAAAUUUCUGUACAAUUAUUCUAAUUAGACUGAGUCCACAGCUUCAUACUCCCAUGUACCUCUUUCUCAGUCACUUGGCUUUUGUUGAUGUGGGGUAUUCCACAUCAGUUACACCUAACUUGCUGGUGAACUUUAUGGUGGAGAAAAACAUCAUCACUUACCCUGGCUGCGUUACUCAAUUAGGUUCCCUGGUGACCUUUGGGGCCACAGAAUCCUUCUUACUGACAUUCAUGGCUUAUGACCGUUAUGUGGCUAUUUGUAACCCAUUGCUUUACUCUGUGAAAAUGUCCGACCAAGUCUGCUCUGUGUUAAUAGUGAUUGCCUACAUGGGUGGCUGUUUGAAUGGGGUAACUUAUACAGGCUGUUUACUGAAUUUAUUCUUCUGUGGCCCUAAUGUAAUCAAUCACUUUUUUUGUGACUUUUCUCCUUUGGUUAAACUUUCCUGUUAUCAUGUCUUAGCAGCAGAAAUACUCCCUGCUAUCUAUUCAGCAAUAAUAAUAGCUAUAGCUCUUGUAACAAUUGCCAUCUCCUAUCUGUACAUCUUCUUCACUAUUCUCAAUAUGAACUCAAAAGAAGGAAGACACAAAGCCUUCUCCACCUGUACUUCCCAUCUUACUGCAGUUACUCUAUUCUAUGGAACCAUUAUAUUCAUUUAUGUAAUGCCAACAUCUAGCUAUUCCACGGAUCAGAAUAAAGUGGUGUCCAUCUUCUAUAUUGUGGUGAUCCCAAUGUUGAAUCCUAUGAUUUACAGCCUGAGGAACAAGGAAAUUAAAGAUGCCUUUAAAAGACUGGUCAGUACUAAAAGACAUUCUUAA